AUAUUCAUGGUUCUUAUCAAAAAAAAAAAAAAAAAAACAAAUAUUCAUGGUAAUUUUUACAUUUUCGCUUCCCAAUUCCUAUCUCUUCCGAUGUGCUGAAAUCCUACCCAUUUUCAACCCCAAAAGAUUUAACCUAAUUUUCUCCUUGUAUCAGUCCUCCACCCUAUCUUCAUCCUUCUCCGUCUCUUCAUUUCCACCAUCACCGAACAAAUUAUCAGUGGUUAUUUCUUCAUGCAUGUAGUAUUCAAGAUGUAAUAGUUCCGAUGAUUGUUUUGGUUAGCAGGUUAUCUUCCCUCAUUAUGCUUACUGAUUGUACCAGAGGAUUCUCCUUUGUACCAGUUUAUGCCUUUUAUAUAGAUAACGUUUGUUGUUUCUACAGAUGGAGUUGUUCUGAUGAUUGUUUUGGUUAGCAGUCUCUUCGAUUUUUGGAUCACCUGCUAUAAACACAACGAUUUGGAUCACCUGCUCUUGUCUCAAUUUGUUUUCACAAACAUGGGAUUCCCCAAAACCUCUUUUUCUCUUCUCUCGUUCUUCAUUUUACUUUCUUCAUCUUAUGCAACUUCUCGCUUCACACUUCAACAAGGUUUUUCACCAAAUCGACAAGAUGAUUUCGUCCCAGGAAAAAUCGUAGAGAAGACAUUUUCGUUUCUCGCUAGUUCUGAUGGAACUUCUGUUGAAGAUCUUGGUCACCAUGCUGGAUUCUAUUCGCUUCCUCGUUCCAAAUCUGCUAGGAUGUUCUAUGUUUUCAUUGAAUCAAGAAAUGGUGCUAAGGACGCACCAUUGAUGUUAUGGUUGACCGGAGGGCCACGUUGUGCUAGUGCAUUCGCUAUGUUUCGUGAGAAUGGUCCUUUUCAAAUUAACAAUGAUUCGUCUCUUUCACCGAGUGCCUAUGGCUGGGACAAGGUAUCAAAUAUGAUUUUUGUUGACCAAUGCAUUGGGAGAGGUUACAGCUACAGUUCGGAUAAAAAUGAUAUUCGUACAGAUGAAAUCAGUGUUAGCAAUGAUUUGUACGAUUUCAUGCAGGCAUUUCUCAAGGAACACCCUCAAUUCGUUAAGAAUGACUUUUAUAUUUCCGGAGAAUCAUAUGCUGGGCAAUAUAUUCCAGUUCUUGCAUCCCGGAUUCUCGAAGGAAACGAAAAUAAAGAAGGAAAUACUAUAAACUUGAAGGGGAUUGCUAUUGGCAAUGGAUUGAUCAACCCAAGAAUUCAAUACCCAGCAGACAUUCAGUUUGCAGUUGAUAACAAAUUGAUUACAAAGGAAGAUCAAACUGAUAUUAACAAGUUGGUCCCAUCUUGUGUGGAUGCCAUAAAAACUUGUGAGAAUGAAGGUGGAGAUAGUUGCAGAACAGCCUAUCAAUGUGAAAAGAUAGUUUCCAGUAUCCUUUCCAUUGCAGUCAACAUUAAUUACUACAACACCAAAAAGAAAUGUGAGGGACCAUUGUGUUACGAUUUCUCAAAUGUGGAGACACUGUUAAAUAAACAGGCAGUUAGGGAUGGUUUUGGUGUCGGGAACACAGAGUUUGUUUCAUGCAGCAAUGCAAUGCCUAAUGCUUUGAAUCAAUAUUCGAUGAGAAACAAUGAUGUAUAUAUUCCAGCACUUCUCGAGGGUGGAAUCAAAGUUCUUAUAUAUGCCGGAGAAUAUGAUCUUAUUUGCAAUUGGUUUGGGAAUUCGCAAUGGGUUCACGCCAUGAAGUGGUCAGGUCAAGAACAAUUCGGGGCCUCGGAAACAGUUUCUUUUUUGGUUGAUGGAAAAACAGCAGGAUUGUUGAAUAGCCAUGGACCUCUCUCUUUUCUAAAGGUGAAUGAUUCUGGACAUUUGGUUCCUAUGGAUCAACCAAAAGUAGCACUUAAGAUGAUGGUCAACUGGAUGCAGGGGAACCUGAACGUGGGGAACAUUUAAUCUCUUUUUUACAUAAUAUUUGGUGGGUGAAAUUUAUAUUCCAGACCACAAGGAGAAUUUUGGUUCAAGAUAAUAGGGUAGUUUUCCCAUUUGGAGAACAUGCCUCCCGAGAUGGUAUAAGCCGAGAUGGCGUAAACCACUAGCAAUUUUUUCUUUUCCUUGACUAUUGAUGGUUUUUCAUUAGCAACCUGAUCACUCCCUAUCUUAUCUUCUUGAGUCGCAAAUCUCGACGACUUCCCAUGCUGGAUCAAAUCUUCAAUUGAAUCCUUGAGUUUAUUGAUGAUUAUUGACUUA